AUGGCUGGCGAACCGUCCCUCCGAAAAACAAACCAACACGCAAGAACCUUUUUUGGAACAGGGAAACAAACGAAAACGACCCCCGAAACAACGUCAAAACGGACAAUACCAACAUCAACACAGUUACCAAUCGACCAUGUCCCAACAGAGACCGAACCACCGGCAACGACAAACCCAACAGGACCGUCCAUGGAAUCGCAUACCUUUCUGGAAGAAGAACCCAUCACAGAAUCGGGAUUACGAGGAACCAACGAACUCGAGAACUCGAGUCAACCAGGAUUCCAGACGGAUCAACCACGGAAACAAUCGGGACAACAGACCACCGUGGAAUCAGCCGAACCGGAGAGGAUAAAUUCGAAAAUAACCAAUUUAUCAUCUCAUUCACUGAAUGAAAAUGAGAUCAAACUCCUUACUCGUGGUCUCAAAUUCACGCCAACACCCCGUAAUCCAAACGAAUGUGAAUUGAAAAGUGAUGUAAAUUAUAAUUUGGAAAAGACGGUUAGGUGA